CACAUGUUCGAACGCAUACUGGUGAGAAACCAUUCAGUUGCAAUCAUUGCUCCUCCUCUUUCAGUGUUAAAAACAAUUUAAAGAUGCACAUACGAAAGCACACUCGUGAGAGACCAUUCAGUUGCAGUCAUUGCACGGCAUGCUUUUCUCACAAAAGGUCUUUAACGGCACAUGUUCGGAAGCAUACUGGUGUAAAACCAUUCAGUUGCAGUCAUUGCACGGCAUGCUUUGCUCAAAAGCAUACUUUAACGGAACAUGUUCGCAAGCAUACUGGUUAGAAACCAUUCAGUUGCAGUCAUUGCACGGCAUGCUUUGCUCUCAAAAAUUCUUUAACGGCACAUGUUCGAACGCAUACUGAUGAGAAACCAUUCAGUUACAGCCAUUGCUCCUCUUCUUUCAGUAGGAAAGACAAUUUAAAGAUGCACAUGCGAACGCACACUGGCGAGAAACCAUUUAGUUGCAGUCAUUGCACGGCAUACUUUGCUCACAUAAAUUCUUUAACGGCACUUGUUCGAACGCAUACUGAUGAGAAACCAUUCAGUUGCAGCCAUUGCUCCUCUUCUUUCAGUAGGAAAGACACUUUAAAGAUGCACAUUUGAACGCACACUGGCGAGAAACCAUUCAGUUGCAGUCAUUGUUCGGCUUACUUCUCUAAAAAAAAUCACUUUCAAGAGACAUUUGCGAAUGCAUUCUGGCGAAAAACCCUAGAGUUUUAGUCACCGCUCAUCUCCUUUUCGGCUACAAAGGCAUUUAACGGAGCAUACUGCGAUCAGAGACAAGAGACCCUCCUCUGACCUCUUGGCGACAGGUGGAAGCUGUUACCUUCGGGGAUUCAACAAUUCUAUAAGGUACAUGGAUAAUGAUAAUGGAGCAACAGUCAUCACCCUAAUAUCGGCUGUUAACUUGCCGACAUGCAUGAUAAGCCUCUGGUGACGUCAUGAGGCAAAGACGUUUCCCAAACUUCGGCCAUUUUAGGCUUGUUUGCAAAACGGAAAUGCCAACACGUUGUUCAACAUUAACCAUGUAGGUAAUAGCCAACAUUAGAAUACGGAAGUCUCGAAAGUAAAAGUCUACACCAUGACCAAGAUACUAGUGGAGGGUCUCUCGUCUCUGAUUGCGGUAAACCAUACAUUCCCAGUGCUCUGCAUUUUUGUCCAGAAAAAGUCGUCCAAAUGAACGCAUACGACACACAUCGAUCGAGGACCUUUCAGUCGCAGGUAUCGCUCGGCUUCGUUUUCUGAAAAAAGUUCUCCAUGGGUACAUAUUCGAUCGCACUCUGGAGAAACCCCGUAAUUUUUAUUAUCAAACUAGAAGUUGAGACUAUACAGAUGACGUUAUUUUUAUUUUUUCCAUUCAAGCACCUUUAUUUGUCAUGGAGUUCAUUUCCACCGUUACCAUUCGUCGUGCGACUCCGACUUUCUCGUCAAAUAUAGAGAAAACUUUUAGCGCAAUGCUCUGAUUCCUGUCUUAGCUAGAGGCCCAAGACUUAUUGAUUAUGAGAGCUUGUUUCUAUUUUUGCUUUUUUCCGACGUUAUUUUCUCUUCAUCAUAAUUUGUAAGUGAAUAUACCUAUUGCAGAUAUUUCCAUUUGAAUGCUCGAAUAUUUCUAUAUGAGCGCUGUUAAAUCUCUCGUUAUUUGAUCAACUUUAUAAUUAAUCUUCGCUCUGAAACUCCGGAAUAUUGAAGAAAAUCCGAAAUUCGUAUUAUUUUUGUUAAAAUAGUUUGGUAAUGAGCAUGAGAUUUCCCUAUCGUAAUUGGUAAGGCAAUGUCUUAUAUUUGUAAUGCAUUUUGCAAUCAGAAAUUACAACGUUUGGCUCAUCCGUGAUAACACUGACGUGCAUAGGGAAACCAGUGGCACAUAAAUUGGACCGAGUUUAACAGUAAGGAACCAAGCCACACCAGCUAUUGCCGAA